CGAUCCCCAGACCCUUCGACGCUUGCCGUUGUACCUUGUCCUGACGUCUUCAUUCAUCAUGCGUUUCGCCGCCCCUAUCUCUGCUCUUGCCUUCGCUGUUGUGGCUCUUGCCCAGGAUCAAACUAUUCAUGUCGGUAACAACGGCACUGGCAGCGGACUUUUCUUCAGCCCUCAGUUCGUCAACGCGACCGCCAACUCGACUAUCACCUUCGUCUUCGACACUCCGAGCACCAACCACACGGUUGCACAGUCGUCCUUUGCUAAGCCUUGCGAGCCUCUUGCGAACGGUUUCGACUCGGGGUACACCCCUGGUGCUGCGGGCGUUGCUGCUCCCACCUGGAACCUGACGGUCACUGAUGCCUCCAAGCCUAUCUGGUUCUACUGCGCACAACCCACCAAGACUCACUGUAUUGCCGGCAUGGUCGGUGGUAUUAACGUUCCCGCUCCCCCUGCCACAAACGACGGCUCUGCGUUCAUUGCGCUCGCCACGGGUGCUUCCUCCAUCGUCCAGCCGGUCCCCGCUCUCUCUGGUGUUGGUGCCUUCGCUUCCGCUGCCCCCUCUGCCACUGCCCCCGCCUCUUCGGGCAGCGGUUCCUCCUCCGGCACUAGCUCCGGCUCGUCCCCGAGCUCGACAGGCAACGCCGCCGCCGCGGUCGGCGUCAGCGGCGGUUUCGUCGCCGCGCUCGCGGCGGUGUUCGGUGUUGCCCUCCUCUGAUGGUGAAUUCCUCGAGCCACGCAUUUUCUCUGCACUUUGUGCUAGAUAGAUCGCAGUGCCGGCGCGAACGAUCCCUUCGAUACGUCUCAAAAUUGACAGUGUUCAGUGACAUCCGUGGGUACGGUUGCGGUUGUUGGGUUCGUGGGGUGUCGUAAUCGCUUCUCGUAUUCGUAUACCUGGUUACUGCGGCUGGUGACUCUUACGAUAUGUUCUCGAGCGAUUAGUACUUGUCUUGGUAGUCUGGUUGUACGGUCGGCAACGAGGGGGAAUGAACGACAGGUGGAUUCUAACACG